GGGGGACAAGCGGGACAUGCGCAAGGUACUCUGGGGCACCGCCGCCGCCUUCGGCGUGGCUUGGGUCCUUUUGCUCGCUGCGUGGACCAUCGGCCUGAGCGCGCUGGGGCAGGAGACGACGUGCUGGGUCCAGGACGACCAGAACGACGGCAUCGUGGCGGCCAAGGGCAAGCUCGGGGACAUCGGGAACGGCGUCGGCUACGGGCUCGGCUACAUCAUCGGGGGCUGGGUCCUGCUCAACCCGAUCCUCGCGAUCACGGCCUCCGCAUCGUGGCCCGUGAAGGCCGGCCCCCCGCAGAAGGAAGAGGCGAGCGAGGACGAUGCGGCCACGCAGAGCCGUACGAAGAUGGCGGCCGUGGAAGCCAAGUGGGAUGUGAAGCAGAUGGAGUCCGGAGACAAGGCGUGGUCGCAGCGGACCGGCCCAGAGAAGGUCCUUUUCGUGAUCAUCCAGGUGUUGAAGGUGGUAAUGGCGGUGGGGCUUCUCUACAUCUUCCUCAUCUCCCUGAGCAUGAUGGGCAACGCGUUCAAGGUCAUCGGAGGCCCCACCGCUGGGAAAGUCUUCCGGAACAACGCCAUCUUCGACAACCCGUUCGCGGGCUGCUCCCUCGGGAUCCUGGCGACGGUGCUAGUGCAGUCCUCGUCGACCAGCACCUCCAUCAUCAUCACGAUGACUGCGGCAGGCCUGAUCGAUCCCAAGAACGCCAUUUACAUGAUCAUGGGGGCGAACAUAGGCACAUCUGUCACCAAUACAAUCGUCAGCAUGUCCCACAUGGGCGACGUGGACCAGUACCGCCGAGCGUUCGCGGGCGCAACGGUGCACGACUGCUUCAAUCUUUUGACAGUGACCAUCCUGCUCCCGCUCGAGUACUUCACUCACAUGCUCUACCACAUCGGCAGCGCCCUCGUCGAGUCCGCCGGCAUCGAGGAGGACCAGGAAAAGCAGGAGAAGGUCGACUUCAUCAAGAAGCUCACGAAGCCGGUCACCUCUCGCCUGAUCUCUGUGGACAAGAAGCUGGUGACCAAGGUCGCACAGGCGGACGACCAGGAGACGCUGGACGGCCUGCUGGCACAGUCGAUCAUCCAGAACAAGCGUACCCUUGACAACCAUAUGUUCCUGGACACCCCCCUGAGCGACGAGGGGGCUGGAUGGCUGCUGCUGGUCAUCUCCCUGGUGAUGCUGUCCACCACGCUUAUCCUCCUUGUCAAGCUGCUGCAGACGAUCUUCCGGGGCCGCGCCGCGAUUUGGAUGCAGGGGCUGCUGAACCUGGAGUUCAAGACGGUGCCUUUUGUGGCCGACUACAUCCUCAUUCUCUUCGGUGUGGGCAUCACAAUCCUCAUGCAGAGCAGCAGCAUAACAACCUCGACGCUGACGCCGCUCGUCGGAAUCGGGCUCAUCAAGCUCGACAAGAUGUUCCCGUUCACCGUCGGCGCGAACGUGGGCACCACCGUCACUGGCAUGCUGUCUGCGCUGGCGGGCUCGAACGUCGCGACCGGCAUGACGGUGGCGUUUGCGCACCUGUUCUUCAACCUCAUCGGAGCGCUCAUCUGGUUCCCCGAUCCCUUCAUGCGCGCAGUGCCGCUCACCUGGCAGUGGUGGCUGGCGCCCUGUGCCUACGGGCUCGGCUGGUACUCGAUCAUGGUGCUGCUGAUGGCGGUGCCGAACGCCAAGUGGUGCGACAUGAAGUACGCGUCCUUCGACGCCCGAGACCACGUCGGCCUCGGCGCCUGGAGCGCGUGCUCCGCCAUGUUUGCGGAGGAGGUGGGCUGGGCCCCGAGCCCCCUCACGGGCGAGGCCCUCGAUGCGCACCUCGCGACGUGCAUGGAUGGCCUCAGCUCCGCCUGCGCCGACCAGAGCGGCUUCUCCACCGUCCUGGGCGCCAACACCGUCUACGAGGAGUCGUGGCAGGGGUGCGCGAGCGCCACGACGGCGGAUUGGCUCAGCGAGUGCGAGGCGCUGACUGGGUGCGGCGACCUGCAUGCGACGCAGUGCGCCAACGUGUCCGCCGCGGUCUCCCGACCGUACACCAUCGCUACAGCCAGUCCUGGCACCAAGUUGGCCCGCGGCCCAGCGUCGUCCUGCAGGGGGGACAAGCGGGACAUGCGCAAGGUACUCUGGGGCACCGCCGCCGCCUUCGGCGUGGCUUGGGUCCUCUUGCUCGGUGCGUGGACCAUCGGCCUGAGCGCGCUGGGGCAGGAGACGACGUGCUGGGUCCAGGACGACCAGAACGACGGCAUCGUGGCGGCCAAGGGCAAGCUCGGGGACAUCGGGAACGGCGUCGGCUACGGGCUCGGCUACAUCAUCGGGGGCUGGGUCCUGCUCAACCCGAUCCUCGCGAUCACGGCGCUCCGCAUCGUGGCCGACGUGAAGGCCGGCCCCCCUCAGAAGGAAGAGGCGAGCGAGGACGAUGCGGCCAAGCAGAGCCGUGCGAAGAUGGCGGCCGUGGAAGCUAAGUGGGAUGUGAAGCAGAUGGAGUCUGGAGACAAGGCGUGGUCGCAGCGGACCGGCCCAGAGAAGGUUCUUUUCGUGAUCAUCCAGGUGUUGAAGGUGGUGAUGGCGGUGGGGCUUCUUUACAUCUUCCUCAUCUCCCUGAGCAUGAUGGGCAACGCGUUCAAGGUCAUCGGAGGCCCCACCGCUGGGAAAGUCUUCCGGAACAACGCCAUCUUCGACAACCCGUUCGCGGGCUGCUCCCUCGGGAUCCUGGCGACGGUGCUAGUGCAGUCCUCGUCGACCAGCACCUCCAUCAUCAUCACGAUGACUGCGGCAGGCCUGAUCGAUCCCAAGAACGCCAUUUACAUGAUCAUGGGGGCGAACAUCGGCACAUCUGUCACCAAUACAAUCGUCAGCAUGUCCCACAUGGGCGACGUGGACCAGUACCGCCGGGCGUUCGCGGGCGCAACGGUGCACGAUUGCUUCAAUCUGCUGACAGUGUCCAUCUUGCUCCCGCUCGAGUACUUCACCCACAUGCUCUAUCACAUCGGCAGCGCCCUUGUCGAGUCCGCCGGCAUCGAGGAGGACCAGGAGGCGAAGGAGAAGGUCGACUUCAUCAAGGUGCUCACGAAGCCGGUCACCUCUCGCCUGAUCUCUGUGGACAAGAAGUUGGUGACCAAGGUCGCACAGGCGAGCGACCAGGACAAGCUGGACGACCUGCUGGCACAGUCGAUCAUCCAGAACAAGCGCGCCCAGGACAACCAUAUGUUCCUGGACACGCCCCUGAGUGACGAGGGGGCUGGGUGGCUGCUGCUGGUCAUCUCCCUGGUGAUGCUGUCCACCACGCUUAUCCUCCUGGUCAAGCUGCUGCAGACGAUCUUUCGGGGCCGCGCCGCGAUUUGGAUGCAGGGACUGCUGAAUCUGGAGUUCAAGACGGUGCCCUUUGUGGCCGACUACAUCCUUAUCCUCUUCGGUGUGGGCAUCACUAUCCUCAUGCAGAGCAGCAGCAUAACCACCUCGACGCAGACGCCGCUCGUCGGAAUCGGCCUGAUCAAGCUUGACAAGAUGUUCCCGUUCACCGUCGGCGCGAACGUGGGGCACCACGUCACGGGCAUUGCUGUCUGCGCUGGCGGGCUCGAACUUCGCGACGCGCAGACGUGGGCAUUGGGUAGCGUGGCCGCCGACCUGCGCUGGUUCCCUGUCGCCUACAUCUUCGUCGUCUUCGGGAUCAUUCCCGGCCUGCUCCUGGGGCUGUCCCUGAUCACUGGGCUGCGCCCGUGUUCGUGGCGGCUGCCUGCGGUGCUCAAGAAGGACUUCUCGUUCAUGCCGCCCAGCAUGAAGAUGGCCACCGCGGACGGCGAGGGUCAGUCCGCCGCGGUGGAGGAGUCGAUCAUCGGCAGUACCGACCAUCCUGGGCGCGAGGCAGUGGGCUGGCGCCUGUGCCUACGGGUCGGCUGGUACGCGAUCCUUGUAAUUCCUGAUGGCGGUGCCGACGCCAGUGGAGGUGGGCUGGGGGCUCCGAGGCCGGAGCCCUCUCCGGCGCGGCCUCCGAUGGCGCACCCCUCACGACGUGCAUGGCUUGAACUCAGCUCCGCCUGCGCCGACCAGAGCGACUUCUCCACCGUCCUGGGCGCCAACACCGUCUACGAGGAGUCGUGGCAGGGGUGCACGGACGCCACGACGGGAGACUGGCUGAGUGAGUGCGAGGCGCUGACUGGGUGCGGCGACCUGCACGCGACGCAGUGCGCCAACGUGUCCGCCGCGGUCUCCCGAACGUACACCAUCGACUACAGCCAGUCUGGCACCAAGUGGGCCGCGGCCCCAGCGUCGUCCUGCUCGCGAACAGCCUAUGCCGAGCGGGACAUGCGCAAGGUACUCUGGGGCACCGCCGCCGCCUUCGGCGUGGCUUGGGUCCUCUUGCUCGGUGCGUGGACCAUCGGCCUGAGCGCGCUGGGGCAGGAGACGACGUGCUGGGUCCAGGACGACCAGAACGACGGCAUCGUGGCGGCCAAGGGCAAGCUCGGGGACAUCGGGAACGGCGUCGGCUACGGGCUCGGCUACAUCAUCGGGGGCUGGGUCCUGCUCAACCCGAUCCUCGCGAUCACGGCGCUCCGCAUCGUGGCCGACGUGAAGGCCGGCCCCCCGCAGAAGGAAGAGGCGAGCGAGGACGAUGCGGCCAAGCAGAGCCGUACGAAGAUGGCGGCCGUGGAAGCCAAGUGGGAUGUGAAGCAGAUGGAGUCUGGAGACAAGGCGUGGUCGCAGCGGACCGGCCCAGAGAAGGUCCUUUUCGUGAUCAUCCAGGUGUUGAAGGUGGUGAUGGCGGUGGGGCUUCUCUACAUCUUCCUCAUCUCCCUGAGCAUGAUGGGCAACGCGUUCAAGGUCAUCGGAGGCCCCACCGCUGGGAAAGUCUUCCGGAACAACGCCAUCUUCGACAACCCGUUCGCGGGCUGCUCCCUCGGGAUCCUAGCGACGGUGCUAGUGCAGUCCUCGUCGACCAGUACCUCCAUCAUCAUCACGAUGACUGCGGCAGGCCUGAUCGAUCCCAAGAACGCCAUUUACAUGAUCAUGGGGGCGAACAUCGGCACAUCUGUCACCAAUACAAUCGUCAGCAUGUCCCACAUGGGCGACGUGGACCAGUACCGCCGGGCGUUCGCGGGCGCAACGGUGCACGACUGCUUCAAUCUGUUGACAGUGACCAUCCUGCUCCCGCUCGAGUACUUCACUCACAUGCUCUACCACAUUGGCAGCGCCCUCGUCGAGUCCGCCGGCAUCGAGGAGGACCAGGAAAAGCAGGAGAAGGUCGACUUCAUCAAGAAGCUCACAAAGCCGGUCACCUCUCGCCUGAUCUCUGUGGACAAGAAGUUGGUGACCAAGGUCGCGCAGGCGGACGACCAGGAGACGCUGGACGGCCUGCUGGCACAGUCGAUCAUCCAGAACAAGCGCACCCUUGACAACCAUAUGUUCCUGGACACCCCCCUGAGCGACGAGGGGGCUGGGUGGCUGCUGCUGGUCAUCUCCCUGGUGAUGCUGUCCACCACGCUUAUCCUCCUGGUCAAGCUGCUGCAGACGAUCUUCCGGGGCCGCGCCGCGAUUUGGAUGCAGGGGUUGCUGAACCUGGAGUUCAAGACGGUGCCCUUUGUGGCCGACUACAUCCUCAUCCUCUUCGGCGUGGGCAUCACCAUCCUCAUGCAGAGCAGCAGCAUAACAACCUCGACGCUGACGCCGCUCGUCGGAAUCGGGCUCAUCAAGCUCGACAAGAUGUUCCCAUUCACCGUCGGCGCGAACGUGGGCACCACCGUCACGGGCAUGCUGUCUGCGCUGGCGGGCUCGAACGUCGCGACCGGCAUGACGGUGGCGUUUGCGCACUUGUUCUUCAACCUCAUCGGAGCGCUCAUCUGGUUCCCGAUCCCUGCCAUGCGCGCCGUGCCGCUCACCAUGGCCAGGGCGCUGGGUAGCGUGGCCGCCGACCUGCGCUGGUUCCCUGUCGCCUACAUCUUCGUCGUCUUCGGGAUCAUUCCGGGCCUGCUGCUGGGGCUGUCCUUGAUGCAUUGGGCGGCGCUCGUGUUCGUGGGCCUUCCGAUCCUGCUCCUGCUGAUCGCUGGCUCUUGCGUCUUCGGCAUGCGCGCCUACCACCCGGAGCGGCUGCCUGCGGUGCUCAAGAAGGACUUCUCGUUCAUGCCGCCCAGCAUUGGCAGAUGGCCACGCGGCAGGCAGUGGUGGCUGGCGCCCUGUGCUACGGGCUCGGCUGGUACUCGAUCCUUGAUAAUGCUGAUGGCUGGUGAUGAAACGCCCAAGUGGUGCGACAUGACGUACGCGUCCUUCGACGCCCGGGACCAAGUCGGCAUCGGGCGCCUGGAGCGCGUGCUCGCCAUGUUCGCGGAGGAGGCUUACCUCAGCUACCGCCUGCGCCGACUCCGAGCCGACUUCUCCACCGUCCUGGGCGCCAACACCGUCUACGAGGAGUCGUGGCAGGGGUGCACGGACGCCACGACGGGGGACUGGCUGAGUGAGUGCGAGGCGCUGACUGGGUGCGGCGACCUGCACGCGACGCAGUGCGCCAACGUGUCCGCCGCGGUCUCCCGAACGUACACCAUCGACUACAGCCAGUCUGGCACCAAGUGGGCCGCGGCCCCAGCGUCGUCCUGCAGCGCGGACGCCUUGCCGAAGGCCUGUUGCAUCCCGCUCGGCGACCUCUGCACGGACGUCGGCGGCCUCACGGCCGCGGGCGGCCUGAGCGUGGCCGGGAUCGUCUUCUCCAUUUUGGGGAUGGCGGCGAUGCUCGCCUACCUCGCCAGGGGGGACAAGCGGGACAUGCGCAAGGUACUCUGGGGCACCGCCGCCGCCUUCGGCGUGGCUUGGGUCCUCUUGCUCGGUGCGUGGACCAUCGGCCUGAGCGCGCUGGGGCAGGAGACGACGUGCUGGGUCCAGGACGACCAGAACGACGGCAUCGUGGCGGCCAAGGGCAAGCUCGGGGACAUCGGGAACGGCGUCGGCUACGGGCUCGGCUACAUCAUCGGGGGCUGGGUCCUGCUCAACCCGAUCCUCGCGAUCACGGCGCUCCGCAUCGUGGCCGACGUGAAGGCCGGCCCCCCGCAGAAGGAAGAGGCGAGCGAGGACGAUGCGGCCAAGGUCUCGACCAUCAGAGCACGUGACGGCGCGGAUGAUCCGUCGUGCGAUCCCGCCUCCACCAGCCCGCGCCUCUCUCUCUCUCUCUCUCUCUCUUUCUCUCUGGAGCAGUUGCCCUACUUCCAGCCCCACAUGUUCACGCCCUGCCUGCUGUGCCAGGGAUUUUUGCACCCAGGAUGUCCGCAGGAUGUCUCAAUAGAUGCUGUCUUCUCAAGUCUCGAAAUUUGUCGUAACACUCAGCGCCCUCGCGCUGCCCCCCCGGACACCUCGGGGGGGCGCUCGCGUGCCAUUUUUGCACCCGCAGCGCGACAGCGUCGCUCGCAGCCGCCCAGGCUAGGGAUGGAGGGGCUCCCCCGCAUCUGCAGGCCACGAGCCCAGAUCCUGGGGCGGAGCGGCGCUUGCACAAUACGGCAAUCGCUCGCCAUUCGAGACAAUGCAGUUGACAAUACGACAAUACAAUGCACAAUACGACGGUCGCUUGUACAAUACGACAAUACAAUGGCGCUGUCGUAGUGAUGCGGGAGGCUUGGCCUGGUGCCGCACCUUCACACCGUGGCCGCCAAGCCAUGCCUCUCCAGCGCAAUUGUUUCAGUUUCGUGUUCGCGCUCGCCGUGCGCCCAAAGCGGCUGCGAUUCGCAAUGAUCGAG